GAUCCCCCACUCGCUCACCUUUGAACGUUCCCAACCUUGUUGAACCGUCGACACCCGGCCUGCUACAACAACAAAAAGAUACUCGGUUCGAGUGCGCAACAAAAAUGGCUCCGUCACCUCUUCUGCCGCAGCUGCCGGCGGACGAUUCUAUGCUUACGCGCAGGUUCGGCGCCGAAACCGCAAACUACUUUUCCGGGAACCCACUGAACCGUGUUUCGUUCCUCCGCGACAACCGGGAUUUUCUCCAGGCCGCUUUUGCGCAUCCGUCAGCCCGCUUCCUCGCGCUCGACAAGCUCGCUCCUCUGGUUCACACGGCCGAGAAGAGUAUCGCCUGGAUCACACGUGAAGACGUUGCGCCGGUGACGGGCUCGGGGCCCUUUGACAAGACAGAGGAGGAUAUGAUCAAUGACUUCAACUCGGAGGAGUCGCACCCUGUUAUAAUACUCCUAGGCCUAGACGAUAAGCAGAAAAUGACUGCAUCCGACCAAGAUGUCUUUCAGCACAAGGACUACAAGGGUGCCCCUUACUUUGCGGUAGAUUUCACAGAAAACCAGGAUGUGGUCACCUCACUAGCGUCAAGAGAGGGCCUCUCGUUCAACCAAGACCAACGAAGUUUGGGUUUUAAUCCUGGCGAAGAAGACAUUACCGGUCCACGCCGGAGCAAAACGCGCCUGUCCCCCACAGACAUGGCGGGUGGCGAGAAACGCGACAGGAAACCUUGUGCCAGUAGGGGUACCGUCUCCAACAUUAGUUUCCCUAGAACCGACCCCACGAUAAUCGUGGCUGUCGUCAGUGCAGACGGCACCAAGGUGCUUCUCGGAAGGAACAAGCGAUGGCCGAAAUACUGGUACAGCACCUUGGCUGGAUUUCUUGAGCCGGGCGAGUCUAUCGAGGAGGCGACGAGGCGAGAGGUCUGGGAAGAGAGCGGCGUCACCGUUGGUAGGGUUGUGUUGCACAGCUCUCAACCAUGGCCUUUCCCUGGAAGCCUUAUGAUUGGAGCCAUCGCGCAGGCACUUCCUGGCGAUGGCGAGAAGAUAUUUCUCGGCAAUGACCCCGAGUUGGAGGAUGCCAAGUGGUUUCCCAUGGCCGAGGUUCGAAAGGCGCUCUCGUCCGGGGUCAGCAAUUUGGGACAGUCAGCACCGCCCGAGUACGUCGAGGGCGACCUGAGAGUGCCGCCGGACACGGCGAUUGCAAACCGCCUUAUGACUGCUGUUGUGGGAGGUUACAAUGGGGCGUUUCCCAAAAUUUGAAGACAUAUACGUGUUUGCGCAAAUAUUGUCGAUUCCCUAGAUAAGAACAUAGAUGAAUAGCGAUUCUGGAUACUGUUUUCAAGU